AGUUCGUCCAAUAAAUUCUAUUGAAAAAAUAUUGAAUUUUAAUUUAUAUACGUAAAUUUAGCUCAGUGUUUAUAAAUUAAACUCGUGACAAAACAGCAGAGGAUAAUAAAAGUAAAAGUUGCGAAUUUCCAGCAACAAGUUUGCUGUUUGACCUUAAGCAACUUUAAAAAAAUAUUUUCAGCCACUAAAAAACUGUGAAGUGGUUUUUAAUAUCUUCACCUAAAUUAUUUUAAAUUAAUUCUCCUGAUGAUAAAGAAAAUGACGAAUAAUGAUGACGCUGAAAUCAAAUGUAUAUUUUUGUGCGAGUUUCAUUCAACUGUCGGCACGAAAAUUAUAGACCAGAGUCCCAAAAACUUUAUCACAAAAGAAGAUUUUGACAAAAUAUCAAAUUAUGUGAUUCCUAAAGUACAACUUCAACGAUGUUUCAUCAGCAUUUCUUUAAAUAAUCUCAAGAUUCUUGGCUUUCCAAUAAGAAUUGAUAACAAAUCAUAUGUCCGAAAUGCAUUUUACUUCAACCUUUGCUUCGUAUUUGAUCCAAUGUCGAGAACCUUUGGCCACGAGCCUAUUAUCAGAAAGUGUGCUGAAUAUUUGCUAUCAUUGGAGCUUUCUUCAAAGUUCUUGUCACAACUCGAUGAUUCAAAAGCAAGGAGAUUGGAAAAUAUGCUUGACGAAAUACGAAUUCAAAUCAAUCUUAAACGUCAUUGCAUGCUUAAAGACGGUGCCUCAAUUUUACCAUUAUGCAUUGUUCCGUACUACGGCGAUUGUGACCAAAUUGAAAACACAGAAUUCGCACACAAAGCUCCAGUUUUGUUAGACUGCUUUUAUGAAGAUUAUAAAUUUGAGUGGGAUCUUACUACAAGAAGAAUUGUUCCAUACAUUAACGGGUUUCGUCACAUCGAUAAAAUUGCAAUGUCUGCGGAUGUUUCAGUAACAAUCGUCGUUCAGUGCGUGAGACACUUGAUUCUCCUUGGUGUUGCUAUUUUAGUUCCAGUUUUUCAAUAUUCAAAUAUUUAUCGUCCAACUCCGAAAUUAAAUAUAUUAGCCAAAUCGCCGGAAGUUCAAAAACGUGCCAUUGAAAGAUGUUCAAAGUCCGAGAUAAAAAAAGCUAAAAUUCGCGAUAUUUUACUUCUUUUUGCCUCAAUGACACAUGGCGCAACUUUGGGUGAAUUAUGUGUCCGCUUCAAUCCUGCCAAACAUAACAUCGAUGAACGAAAAACAGUUUUAUUUGGACUCAUCGAACAGUUGAUUAGGCCGAUUUACAAAUAUCCUGUCGCUGUUUCCAAAAACUUAUUCGUAGGCUAUGAAGAUCUGAAAACAAGUAUAACAAAUAAUUCAUUCUGCAUUCCGAUUUCAAACAAAAAGCAAAGCGUCGAUAAUGUUAAAAUAACCAGAAAUGCAUUUACUGGAUUGAAAACCUUGGAUGAAAUAUGUAUGAAAACUGCUUGUGGUGCUCGCCAGUUGGAAGAACAACUUUCAUGCGAUAAACAUGUCAUAAUAUUAUUGAAAUGAAUUUUGACAUUGAAAUGAUCGAAAUACCUUGACGUUGUGCCUUUAGUCAAUGCCUAAUUAGAAACUUCUAAAAGAAAAUGUCAUUUUCAUAAACAAAAAAAAAUUUUAAGCGACAUUUUUGUGUUGUUCAAUUUACUAUCAAUAGUGUGCAAUAGUGGAAUUUUGUGUUCGUUGUACCAUAAAAUAUUCAUGGAAAAAGAAUCAAAAAUAAAGAAAAAUAUCUACAAAUUAUUUUAAAGCGAA